AUGCCUCGUCCUCCACCCAACUCGAAGCGACAGCAAGGUGCUGCGAAUGUGCGCGAUACGAGACAUGAUAAUGGGCUGGUAGGUCCAGGGAAGAGGGUACCUCGACAAAAGAGUAAUGGACAUAUGAACGGUCAUGCGAACUCCUCCGAAUCCAUCUCAUCAACACCACCACCUUCGACCCCACCACCUACAAAUGGACACGCAAAAUUACCCGGACAAGCAGACAAUACAUCAGAAAAUAAGUUGGGAGGGGAGAUGGUGAGGAGGACUUCAGUGGGUGGCCAUUCAGAUUCAUCUCAAGAUGUUUACAAUGUUCCCACGAUUUCUUUCCCACAAGAAAAUCAUCGCCAUAUCAACGUAAAUUCUGCCAAAAAUCCCUCUGUCCAUCGCGAUUCCGGUCCGUUGCAUUAUGCGAAGACUGUCUUGACAUCCUGCCCGAUCUCUGAUACCUUGGCCAUCCUUAUUGUCCUUCUCCAGGUCCCACCCGCUUUCUUGACGAUUAUCCAGUUACUGUUCGCCACCUUGACAUUCGUUCCUCCAUCCACAGCUGCUACUACUGGAAUAAGCUUCAUCGAUAUGUUCGAGGGAACAACUGGCACGCCAUCAUUGGCAACGAUUUUGGUGGUUGAUGCACUAUUUCUCUUGACCUGGGUUUUCUUAUAUGGGCCUGUGCAAGAGUUUAUUCUACAAUUUGCUCAAUCUGUGAUCGCAUUGACCUUGGGAGGAGGUAUCAGUGGAAAGGAAGCUGGGAUGAAGAACGUGUUUCUCUGUUUUGGUUACAUAGGACUCUCGCAUUAUGCUUCUACUAACAACCUUAAACCUACUGGGCUUCGAUCAAUAUUCUCAUUUCCACGAAGUUUUUUCGGACCAUUCAACCUUGAAGACCCUCUCGAAUCGAUACCAAUACAUAGCGCGAAUUGGAAAGACCUGAUACCGAUUUGGGUUAGAAACAUCCUUGCCGUUCAUAUCCUUGCACAGGGUGUUGUGCGGUAUAUUCGAGAUUUAUAUUUUAGGAGUCAAAAACGCGAUCAUGCAGCAUCUACUUUGGGUGACCCUGAAGCAGCUAAAGGAUCCGCCGAUGGAGGUAAUGACUCUUCUAGUACAAACCCACAAACGCCGGAUAACGAAGCUGUAACUUCACUACAUGCUAGCAGUACAGCCAUUACAACCAGGAAAAAGAGAAAACAAAGCGCACAAGUUCGUAUACAACAGCCUCUAUGGGCAGCCUUAGCAAGUACAAAAAUUGUCAUGGUCAAAGAGUACGAGACAUCACACGCAGCUGCGGAAUCGGCAGGUACCAAUGCAACAGAUGCUAGUAAUCUCGGAAAUGCACCUUUCAGUACCGAGCCAGAACGAAUAUGGAUCACCAAUGUUGGGUCCGAUACAGUUUUAUUCAGUACCAGUUAUUUUCCCAAGUACAUAAUUCCGGAAGAGAACCAAGAGCAUGGAGAUGGGUCAGCUGUAAAUUCGAGGAUGCCUAUCUUUGUUAGGGUUAAUCAAGCACAUUGGCAACCUACGAGGAUGGAGCCUAGCGUUGAUCCUAGCUUACCUGCUGGACCAAACACGUGUUGGGAUGGUGAGAUUUUCGGGCUUGCACCUUCGAGCAGCUAUGAGAUUGAAUUUUUCAACAGUGUUAGCAGCAGAAUCAUUUUUUGUACCAGUGUCAAAACCCUUUCUACUCCUUCGGAUACUACAGCUACCGCCUCCCUCUCACCUCUUCCUCCUCAAAUAUCAGGACGACCAGGGUCUCCAAGUACCACUAUCAAACAAUCAAUCAUCGCAUCCGAGACCAAACUUCUCGAAGAACGCACUCGCCAAAAACGCGAACGUAAAGACCAACGCACUAAACUCAGUACGCUUCGUAAAGAUAUUGAGAAGCUCACCAAUAUCAUAACCUCAUCAGGUGGUAAUGAUGAUCGUCAACGUCAAAAAAUUCAACAAAUCAAUCUUCACAUUAAACAGGCAGAUGAUGCCAUUGCUGCCAUCCAAGCUGAGAUUGAUAUUGCCGAUCGGUUACCAUCCGCGUCAAGAGAUUCUGAUUAUAUUUCUGCAAAGCAAACGUAUCGAAUGCAGAAAGAUCUUUACGAAAAAGCCAAAUCCGACUUCAUAAACAAAAAGAAGGAGAAUGAAAAGCCAAUCGCAGCUUUGAGCGCCGAACUUCUUAACAGAGAACGUCAAUCUGAGAAAUUGGAAGCCCGAUCCAUCAAACUUACUCAUCAAGCAGAUGAUCUUCGCGAAGCUAACACCAAAGGGUUAAACGAAGUUCAACGUAAGGAAAAGCAAAGAAAGGAUAAAGAUGAGGAAAGGAAAAUGGUCGAGGCGAGUUGGUCUGAGUAUAACACAAAGGCACAACUUCAACUCCAUCAUCAUACUGAGAGCCUUAAUCUCAUGUAUCAAUACAUCGACCAAUGGAGCUUUGCCUUACAACAACAUCAACAAGAAACAAAUCAAGUUUAUUCCAAUCCUAGUCCUUGGACUACCGCCCCUGACAGCUCAAUGCCUGGAUUUCCUGCAUACGCUCCGAUUUCAAAUAUGGUAUCGGUUAUGCCUCAAAUGGGUGGAUCAAUGGCAAUGCCACAGUCCACACGACCAAGAGGUAGAAGUUCAAGCAUGCUAAGUAAUGAGAGUGGUUUUACCCAAGGACCCGAAUCCGAUGAAGAACAUACUCCAUUCUAUGGACCACAUAUUCAAUCUCAAUCUCAAUAUUCUCCAUAUCAUCUCAAUCAAUCACCAAGUCCCUUUGCUUCUUUCCGCAAUAUAGCAUCAUCUCAAUUCCAACAAAACGAAUCAUUAAACUGGCCUCCAACACGCAAGGGUUCUGGUUCAGGUGAUGGAUUAGGUUCCAGAAGUGGAAGUUCGAGAGGUAGUAUUGGGGAUCCUAAGAGUCCCACUCCAGGACAUGCUCAUUUACCUUUACCUAUUGGUGCGGGAUCUGGGUUAGGAGGUGGAAGUUUGAGGGGUUUGAGACAUUUUUGGGAUAAUUGA